CUGUAUUUAUAAAACUGCAGCUUCUCAGGCGAUUCUUUCCGAACUCUUUCGUCGGCUUCGGCCCCAACUUAAAUUAUAGAAGAAGAAGGAACAAGAAGCACUGAAGCAGGGGCUUUGGUUUUGGUUUCUUCAGAAGCUUGAGGUUGAAAUUUCUGUUUGUGAGAAUGGAGGUACAUAUUCCACUCUUCAAAAGAUGAUGUAGCAUCCCGUAGUUUUUAACUGACAAAGGUCUGAGCAAAAUCCAUAUUUGAAUCAUCAGGAGACGACAACUUUUCAGACGAGCAACCAAUGCAAUCCUCUUAGUAUGGAUUUGCACCAGCUUUUCAGAUACAAUGCUAAUGAUGCAGAUUUGUCCUGUGAUUUUUCUCAUGCUACUACUCCAGUGACUUCUGAAUGGAUGAUUCGGCCCAUGAAAUUCAACCUAGAUAGCUCCCCCGAUUCACCACUUUCAACUCAUUUUGACUGUGACACUUUUACUUCAUUGAGCAAUAGCCAGGAGCAAUACAGCUCAACAGGAACAGAUAACCUCUCAGGGACUAGUCAUUGUAAUUCAUCACUUGAAAUCAACAGCUCUUUCCAUUGGAAAAGCCCUUCUUCUGUCCAUCUGCCAGACAGUGUACAGCUCUUUUCUGGUGGGAGUUCACUCUCACAGGAUGUUAAUUGUGGCCAGAGCAUGAAACACGUUCUACAGGAACUAGAGAAUGUCCUAAUGGGUCCUGAUGCUGAUGAAGAUGAAGCAACUACUUCCAAUGCAGCUUUUGAAGGGAAUAAGCGCUUGCAAAUCUCAACUCAUAGGUCAAGGAACUGGAGCCAGGACCCUCGCCCCAGAGGGCAUGUGAUCCAACCUCAGCCAAUUCAUGCUUCCAAGAAUAAGAAGUUGGACCGUGGAGUUCACGAGGAGAAACGUCGUAGAGCAGCAGACACCUCUUCUCAUGAAAACGUAGAGGUUGAUCUGAAGCAAUUGCUGAUUGAGUGUGCGAGGGCUCUCUCUGAAAACAGGACAGAUGAUUUCAUGAGAUUGUCUGAAGAGGCCAGGGCUGCUGUAUCCAUCUCUGGAGAACCAAUCCAACGUCUUGGUGCCUACAUUUUAGAAGGGCUGGUGGCCAGGAAGGAAGCUUCAGGUGCUAACAUCUACCGCGCAUUGAGGUGUAGAGAGCCAGAGAGCAAAGACUUGCUCUCCUACAUGCAGAUCCUGUAUGAAAUCUGCCCAUACCUUAAAUUUGGCUACAUGGCAGCCAAUGGGGCGAUUGCAGAAGCAUUCAGAUCCGAGGACCACGUUCACAUCAUAGACUUUCAGAUUGCUCAGGGAACACAGUGGAUGACACUGAUACAAGCACUGGCAGCAAGGCCGGGUGGCCCUCCUAAUGUGCGGAUCACCGGAAUUGAUGAUCCAGUCUCCAAGUAUGCCCGUGGCGCCAGUUUAGAGGCAGUUGGGAGGAGGUUAGAUGCUUUGUCUAAGAAGUUCAACAUCCCUGUUGAGUUCCACGCAAUGCCAGUCUUUGCUCCCGAUGUUACACGGGAAAUGCUUGGUGUGAGACCAGGAGAGGCUCUUGCUGUUAACUUCACGCUGCAGCUUCACCACACACCCGAUGAGAGUGUUGAUGUAAACAAUCCAAGAGAUGGACUACUGAGAAUGGUGAAGUCACUUUCACCCAAGGUGGUCACCUUAGUCGAGCAGGAGUCGAACACAAACACAACCCCAUUCUUGACAAGGUUUGUGGAGACCUUGGAAUUCUACUCGGCCAUGUUUGAGUCGAUCGAUGUUACUCUUCCAAGGGACAGAAAGGAGAGGAUCAAUGUAGAGCAGCACUGCUUGGCCAGGGACAUUGUGAACAUAAUUGCUUGUGAGGGGAAGGAGAGGGUGGAGCGACAUGAGCUCCUGGGUAAGUGGAAGUCCAGGUUUACAAUGGCAGGGUUCCGACCAUAUCCCCUGAGUUCUUAUGUCAACUCCGUGAUAAAGGGUUUAUUAAGGUGCUAUUCCGAACACUAUACGCUAGUAGAGAAGGACGAGGCCAUGCUAUUGGGCUGGAAGGACAGGAACCUGAUCUCGGCUUCUGCCUGGCACUGAGAUCAAUAGUGGAUGUAGAAGUAAGAGUAGGAAAUUAUAAAUCAAUCGAUCCAGAUCCACCUCUUUGUUUUUUUAGAUGUGCACCUUUUUACAGAUUACGUGAUAUAUAUAUAUAUAUAUAUAUAUAUAUAUAUAUAUACUAGUAAAUCAGGUAUCCUUAAUUUUGUUCUUAUUAAAUUUUAGGGACGCGCCUUCACUGGUUUAUGUACCACGAUGCAUUUCCAAUACUUUCUUCCUCUGUAAGAUAAAUGCUGUAUCUCUACAAAAUUUUGGGUUAAAACAUUUCCGGAUUUAAAAGUGCCUUUGUUCUUUUGAAUUCGGAUUACGUGUUCUUGGAGGAAUGGACAAUUCAAAUUGUUUCGUAA